AUGGGUAACGCUGAUACAAAAUUAAAUUUUAGAAAGGCCGUUGUUCAGCUUACUUCAAAAACUCAGCCUAUCGACGCGACCGACGACAGUUUUUGGGAUCAAUUCUGGUCAGAGAGUGUUACAAAUGUGCAAGAUGUAUUCGCCUUGGUACCCGGAGCUGAAAUACGGGCAUUACGUGAAGAGUCUCCAAAUAACUUGGCUACUCUUGUAUACAAGGCUGUUGAAAAGUUGGUGAAAACAGUAGACAAUAGCUGUAGGACCCUGCGAGAACAACAGACUGCUUUAAAUUGCGCCAGACUCCUGACAAGAGUACUACCAUAUAUGUUGGAGGAGCCGGAGUGGCACAGCUUUUUUUGGUCAUCACUGCCUGCUGCAGCCGAGAACGAAUCCGUACCACUGGCCCAGUCCCUCAUUAACGCCAUUUGUGAUCUUUUGUUCUGUCCAGACUUCACAGUGACUAGCUCAAAAAGAUCCGGCCCAGAGCGCGCCGAAGAGCUAUCGUCCCUGGACAGCUGCGAGUACAUCUGGGCGGGCGGGGUCGGCUUCGCGCGCAGCCCCGCGCGGAACGCCCAGCACGAGGCGGCGCGCGCCGAGCUGCUCAGGCUCCUGCUCACCUGCUUCAGCGAGACGGUGUACAAGCCGGCGCAACACGCCGCCACGCACCACAACAAGUGGAUCGCGUAUCUGACCAGCCCUGAGAACCGGCACGCGUUGCCGCUCUUCACCUCUUUGCUGAACACGGUAUGCUCAUACGACCCCGUGGGAAUCGGCCUGCCGUACAACCACCUCCUGUUUGCGGAUACCCUCGAACCCCUUGUCGAGGUGGCGCUGCAGGUCCUAAUUGUGACCCUGGACCACGAUACCAGCAAUGCAGUCAACGAGGAAUCUGAUGAAAACCUCCCCGACAACCUGUUCAUCAACUACCUGUCUCGGAUUCACCGCGACGAGGAUUUCCAGUUCGUCUUAAGGGGCGUGACGCGCCUCCUCAACAACCCCCUGGCGCAGACCUACCUCCCCAACUCCGCCAAGAAGGUCGCCCUCCACCAGGAACUUCUAGUUCUCUUCUGGAAGAUGUGCGAUUACAACAAGAAAUUCAUGUACUACGUACUCAAAAGCAGCGACGUGCUAGAAGUUCUAGUUCCGAUACUGUACCACUUGAACGACUCGCGAGCUGAUCAAUCCCGCGUGGGCUUGAUGCACAUCGGAGUAUUCAUCCUGCUGCUCCUCUCCGGCGAGAGGAACUUCGGCGUCCGCCUGAACAAGCCAUACACGGCCACCGUCCCCAUGGACAUCGCCGUGUUCACCGGCACCCACGCCGACCUCCUGGUGGUGGUGUUCCACAAGAUCAUCACCACCGGCCACCAGCGGCUGCAGCCGCUCUUCGACUGCCUGCUCACCAUCCUCGUCAACGUGUCUCCGUACCUGAAGACCCUGUCGAUGGUGGCCUCCACGAAGCUGCUGCAUCUUCUGGAGGCGUUCAGCACUCCAUGGUUCCUGUUCUCCCAGCCCCAUCACCACCACCUCGUGUUCUUCCUGCUGGAGAUGUUCAACAACAUGAUACAGUACCAGUUUGACGGCAACUCGAACCUGGUGUACACGAUCAUCAGGAAGCGCGCGGUGUUCCACGCGCUGGCCAACCUGCCCCACGAGCACCAGGCCAUAGCGCGCUCCCUGGCCGCAGCGCGCCCCGCACGGCCCCUGCCCAGGUCCCGCAGCGCUGAGUCUGUGCGCGAGGCGGCAAUGGAGGGCUCCCGGCCCGCGCAGCCCGCCGAGCCGGGCACCCUCAACCCCACCUUGCCGGACACGCCCGCAAUAACAGCAAUGACCGAGCGCGAGUCCGCCCACCCGCGGGACCAGCUGCUGCCGCGGCGCAGCGGCGGCGACGGCCACGACGCGGACCGAGACCGGGGCCAGGACCAGGGCCGAGACCGGGACCGCGGAGACCAGGACCGGACGGCCGGCCGCCGAGACCGCGGAGACCAGGACCGCCCGGACGGCGACAGCGCCGUGAACAACGUUAGCCAGAAAGAGGGCUGGCGGGCGACGGGCGAGUGGGUGGCGAGUUGGCGCGGGCGUCUGCCGCUGCAGACCAUCAUGCGGCUGCUGCAGGUGCUGGUGCCGCAGGUGGAGAAGAUCUGCAUCGACAAGGGCCUGACGGACGAGUCGGAGAUCCUGCGCUUCCUGCAGCACGGCACGCUGGUGGGGCUGCUGCCGGUGCCGCACCCCAUCCUCAUCCGCAAGUACCAGGCCAACGCCGGCACCGCCGCCUGGUUCCGCACCUACAUGUGGGGCGUCAUCUACAUACGGAACGUGGACCCGCCCAUAUGGUACGACACCGACGUGAAGCUGUUCGAGAUCCAACGGGUU